AUGGUUUUUUCUCAGACAUCCUCUCUGGCAGUAAAGCUUGCACAAGGACCCAAGCUCUUUACUACAAAGACAAUUCUCCCCAUGGACCCCCCGGGUGUUGUCUCCUCUGAAAAUGCUGAAUAUGAUUUCUCUGAUGUUUUUGGUUCCAGUCCAGUCGAGACAGCAACAGAACUUUGUGUUGUUGAUCCAGAGAGCCCUGCAGCUCCUGUUGAGUCCCCUGAGGAGGUUUAUAAUGAUCCUGCGGUCAUCUUCAAGCGGUCACAUUCUCUUGUUGGUCCAUCAUCACUUGUUAGCUGCUCUUUGGGACUUGGCAAGCUCACUCUAAACAUAGCAGAUGGAUCAUCAGAACUUGUAGGCCACACCACAGAAGAAAAGGAACUUAACCUAGAGCAGUUCAGUGAUGAAGAGUUUGGUGAUGCCGUGACUGAGGAUGAGGGUGUUGGGCUUGAUGACUUUGAAAUCUUGAAGCUUGUAGGCCAAGGGGCAUUUGGCAAAGUCUUUCAGGUGAGAAAGAAGGGUACUUCAGAAAUAUAUGCAAUGAAAGUUAUGAGGAAGGACAAGAUACUGGAGAAAAACCAUUCCGAGUACAUGAAAGCUGAAAGAGACAUACUGACAAAAGUUGACCAUCCUUAUGUAGUGCAGCUGAGGUACUCCUUUCAGACCAAAUAUCGACUUUACCUUGUCCUGGACUUCGUAAACGGGGGGCAUCUCUUCUUUCAGCUCUACAAGCAAGGAUUAUUUAGGGAGGAACUUGCACGAAUCUAUACGGCUGAGAUUAUAUCUGCUGUAGCCCACCUCCAUGCUAAUGGGAUUAUGCAUAGAGAUCUUAAGCCCGAGAACAUCCUAUUGGAUGCUGAAGGCCAUGCCAUGCUAACUGACUUUGGCCUUGCGAAAGAAUUCCGUGAGAACACCCGAUCAAACUCGAUGUGUGGCACUCUCGAGUAUAUGGCCCCUGAAAUUAUUCAGGGCCAGGGGCAUGAUAAGGCCGCAGAUUGGUGGAGUGUAGGAAUCCUCCUGUUUGAAAUGCUGACGGGCAAGCCCCCGUUUGUCGGGAACAGAGACAAAGUUCAGCAGAAGAUAGUGAAGGAGAAGUUGAAGCUUCCUCCGUUUUUGACUAGCGAAGCCCACUCGCUGCUGAAAGGAUCUUGCAUUUACUUGCGGCAAUGA